AUGGAAGCUAACAACCAAACUACAGAGUUUGUGAUGGUGGGGUUUGCCACUCAUCCAGAGCUUCAGAACUUGCUUUUCGUGGUGACUUUCAUCAUGUACAUGGUGUCGUUGAUGGGGAAUAUCCUCAUCAGUGCCACAGUUUGGCUUGACCCGGCUCUUCACACCCCCAUGUACUAUUUCAUCUCCAAUUUGUCCUUGGUUGACAUCUGCUACACCAUGGUCACCAUCCCCAAGAUGCUGGAGAACCUGCUUUCUCAGGACAGAACCAUCUCUUUCACUGAUUGCACUGCCCAAUUGUACUUCCUUCUUUCGCUAGGGACCACUGAAUGCUUCCUCCUUGCUGCCAUGGCAUAUGACCGCGUCUUGGCCAUCUGUAACCCUCUGCGGUAUGUGGUCCUCAUGAACAAGAGCCUGUGUGUCCAGCUGGUGGCUGGCUCCUGGGUCAGUGGUUUGCUGCUCUCCUUGGGUCAGACCUCACUCGUCUUCACCCUGCCCUUCUGUGGGGACAACCGGAUCAACCAUUUCUUCUGUGACAUUCCACCCCUCUUGACCCUGGCCUGCGGAGACACCGCCGUGAACGAAUAUGCCUUCUUUUUAGCUGGGAUGUUAAUCAUACUGAUCCCUUCUUUGUUGAUACUGGGGUCCUAUAUCCACAUCAUCUCCACCAUCCUGAAGAUCACAUCGGCCCACGGCAGACACAAAGACUUCUCCACCUGCUCCUCUCACCUCAUAGUCAUCACUCUGUUCUAUGGUCCUGCCAGUGUCAUGUGCUUGCGACCCAGGUCCAGCUAUACCCCGGAGAGUGACAAAUUUCUGGUCCUGCUCUACUCUGUGGUGACACCCACAUUAAACCCCAUUAUCUACAGCCUGAGAAGAAAAGAUAUCAAUAGAGCCCUGAGGAGAGUCAUAACCUCAAAUAUAUUUCUUCUCAAGAUGUGAACAGAGGAACACGGCCCGAUCCGCUCUUCGUUUACUCUGGUUUAAUGGCAACAUUGCUCCAUUGUCUUCCCUGGAGUUGUGACAGUUUUGUGGGCACUCAGGAUGGUGGGUCACCUCGUUACUGAAGGCAGGGGGGUGAGAGGGAGUCUUUCAUGUGAUAUACGUGAUAUCACCAGCCUAUCCACCUCUCAAGCA